CGGGGAUUCAGGCAUAGGAUAUUGGGGGUUGUCAAGCUCGAUUCACCAUUUCUGGGGUCGCAUCUUGGGGUUAUAUUCGCUGGGCCGGGGAGCCCGUUCCGGUCG